AUGCCAAUCAGGCCGGAAUGGAAGACUUCUCAGAGGAUACCAAACCUGCACCUAGCAAACAAGGUGGGUCUCAGUGGAUUGACUACAGUAACUGGAUGCCUUGGUUUAGGUGGUGAAAGCCCUGAUGAUCCCAAAGAAGACAACCCAGAACAGUCUUUCAGGAGCAGGAAACUUGCUUUGGACAUUGAUGGGAACCAAUUGGAGGAAGAGACGGAACAGACUGAAAAGUCUGUCUGGUUUGGAGAUGGACUGACUAGUGUCUUCAGUUUUGGUGAAAAAGCUCCAGAGGAGAGGAGAAGCCCAUUGAAAAGGAAGUGGAAGAGCAACCCCCACCUUCUAACUACUGGUUGAAUAUUGGCAUUAGAGAUGUCUUAAAUUUUGGUCAGUCUAAUCAGAAUAAAGUUGAAGAGAGAGUACCAGCAGCAGGCAGAGAGGAAAACAUCGAUCCAGAAGAAAUGACAGGUACAACAGACCCACAUGACCUUGACUUAAGUCAGUCUCAUCAUGAUGCUACAGUGGAGCAAAUAAAAGAAACAGAGCACCACAGAGAUGAUGACACUGGUAAGGAGACAGAGAGAACAGACACACACCCCUCAAAACCUGUUGGGGAUUAUGACGACGGUCAAGAGGACCAUCAGGAAGAAAUCACCAAAUAUGGCGAAUUUAGAAAAGAGGAAGAUGCAGGGUGGUAUGGCAGCAUCUAUAAUAAUAUUGCAGGCCUUUAUGGGGAACAGGAUAAUGAGGAGGAGGAGGAGGAUACAGUUAUAGACAAGGAUAAAGAGUCUAAAGAUAUCAGCCUUCAGUCAGAAACAGAGUCUCAGCCUGUGUUCUCGUCCAUGUUUGACACUCUGGCAUCACUGUUUCAGGCAGAUACCGAUGAUAAAAAUGCUCCAAGUGAUGAGGUAACAGAUAUAAAACCGGCAGACGCAGAUGCCAAUAGAGAGAUCUCCCCUACUCCUCAGACGGCUAUCCCAUAUGAUUCUUCUGAGGUAUCUGUAGGGAGGAAGGAUGAUAAUGAUGGUAAUGACAGCAAUGAGGCUCCACAUCCCCCUCGAUUAGAUCUAGGUAAGGUUCAGAGUGCUAAUGAAAUACAGGAGGCAUUCAAACAGCUACUUGACACUAGCAAGAAUAUUUCAUUGUCCCACGACCCUCAAUUACAGAACACAACUGGAAUACUGAAUCUUGAAGUUGAUCCUGAAAAAGCUAUUGCUGAGAUCAAUGAAAAUGAUGAGCAUAACUCUGCAGGUAGAUUAGAGUUAGAUGAUGUCACCACCACUAAUGAACUUUUCAGUUCCCAUGGAGAUGUAGAGCCAAACCAAUUAGUGUCGGACAAUGAGGACAUGCAAAAAUCAACUGUGCUCCUCAAUGGGCUUUUGCAUUCAUGUGAUGAAGAUGCCUCUAAUCACCAUCAAGAGAGUCCUGCUGCUGACGUCUCUGAAAAUAGCCUGGAUGAUGUUGAGACUGAUCAUUCAGUUGGUCGGGACGCUUUAGAAGGCUCAGGGAUUCCAAAUCUAUCUGAUUUGACUCUUAUUCAGACAAAAGCAGAAAUACUGACAGAGGAGCUACCUGAUGUAUCGGAGGACAUGUCUGUAAUGCAUGCUAAGGUGGAGGACAUUGACAGUACAGGUAUUGAAGUGGUCUCAUCCAAUCAGACAGGAGAGGACAGUAUUCUAGUGUCUCAGAGCCAGGCAGAAGAGGACAGUGAUAAUCAGACAAACCCGCCAGCAACUGAUGAUGCUUCAGUCCUGGGGACGAUCACACAGACACCUGACCCCUAUCUGCAUGAUGCUCAGGAGGCUGAAAUAGCUGAACCUAUCCUGAAUCUAUCCCUAGCUGAACCUGUCACUGAAAAUGUCUCAGGAGAGGAAGGACAUAAUUUGAUUACCUCAUGUGAGGAGGGGGAAAGUAAGGAUAAGAAUGAGAAUACAUUCGAGGCACCAGAUAAGAAUGUUCAUGUUGAAGAUAUCGACAAAGAUUCCGUUUCGCUGAAAGACUCGUUCUCUUCUAACUAUGAGGGAAGUAAUUCCAAUGUAAUGGAAGUUGUUGAUCAAGAGGAAUUUCUUUCCUCUGAUCAUUCCAAGGAUUGGCACAUUGAGGCCGAUCCCAUAGAUAAAGUAGGGUUGAUAAACAUUACCUAUGACCCAGUGUUAGACUCAACUAUACUAAAUGAUGACACUACAAGUAACAAACUUUUAUCUGAUAAAGCCAAUGAUGAUGGGGAAAGUAAUAUAGUGGGCAAAGCAUCUGAGAUAGGUUCAAAUAUUGAAGUUACUGAGACAGAGUGGAUAGAACCAGGGAAAAUAGUUGAAGUUGAGCAAGACAAUGGGGGGUCAAGCUACUCUCCCUACACAUGUCUUUGAGAAUGAUGAAACACAGAGCCGUUCCAGACAUGAUGCUAAAAUCAAAAGUUAUCCUGACAGCUCAGAGCUAGUUCCCCCUGAGACAGUAACAGGAAGUGAACAAAGACAUACAGCAAUCCUUGAGGAGGCAGAUACAGAAAACUUGUCAGUGGAAGAUUUCAUUCAUGAACAAGGGGAGUCCAAUGAAUCUAAAAAAGACAGUGACGAGGAAAACGUCCUGAAGGAUAGAUCCAGGAUGAUGCAUGACCAGACGACAGCAAUUGAGGACAAUAAUCUGCCACUAGAAGACAGGAAUCAGAUGGAUGACAGUAAUCACAUCUCAUCAGUCAGUAGCCAGGAAAUACUUGACUUGGACCUCCAUGAACCAGAACCACAGUCUCAGUCACCUUCAAUAGAGGACUCUCACAGAGCUACAACAUUUCUGAAAGAAUACAAGAAUAUUGAAAAGCACCUAAGUGCAGAUGAGAUAACUACUUUGUUGGAUUUGUUUGGGAAGCACAAACUCCUGUGGCUUGACUACAGCCUAGGACGCUCACAGACUUUGAAUUAG